AAAAAGGCAGUGGUUCAAGAAGCUCAACUUUCAGGUGGAGUCAGCGUUCACAUUCACAAGCUUCAGUACUGUAAACAGGACUUUACGUGUUUCUUCAGUAAGACACUGCAGUCGUUUCUAGCCCAGCUCAAAUAGGAAUGGAUACCCUUAUGAAGCGAGGAGAAGUUUAUUUACAACACCAUAAACAUUCCGAGAAGUGGAAGCGGUACUGGCUAAAUCUUUACCCGGGUAGCCGGCAUGGCGUGGCACGACUGGAGCUGACAGAGACAAGUUCAGAUCGGUCGCCAGCAAUGGUCAGGAGGCAGCCUGACCGCAAAGUGGUAAGGUUGUCAGACUGCAUCAGCGUGGUUAGACUCCCCCCGCACGCAGAGGCCCACCCUGGGGACAACAUGGCCGCCUUCUGCGUAGAGACGGACGAGAAGAGGCUGGUGUUCGCAGUAGAGAAAGAGGAAUGUGGAGAAUGGGUGGAGAAAAUCUGUGAUAUUGCCUUUCAGAAAGGUAGCGUUGAUGUUCCAAAGCAGCUUCCACAGAUGUCGGAGAAUCAGAUCUAUGGUUCUAGAGAAGAAGUAUUUGAGUUUUGGGUGACUGUGCAGCAGUUGGAGGCAUCGGCGCGAUGCGGCCUGAAGGGGGCGUACUGGUUGCAGGCAGGGGAAGACGCACUGAUACUCAAGGACAAGGAGAGCAGGCAGAGCAUAAUGGAGUGGCCAUACAAGCUACUGCGCCGCUACGGACGAGACAAGACAAUGUUCUCAAUCGAGGCAGGCAGACGUUGCUAUUCUGGUCCUGGCACCUUUAACUUUGAGACAAAGCAAAGUGAUGAGAUUCUCCGCCUGGUGGAGCUGGCCAUUCACCAGCAGAAAAGCCUGCCCAUCUCUGCAGGUAGCUGCUCUCCUCGCUCCCCUUGCUCUCCCUUGCCCAGACGACCCAUCAGUGCGUCCCUGCUGGACGUUCAGACCAACAGCAGUUCUGACUUCAGUGUAAACUGCGAGCACGUGCAGUUCAAUCCAGCUAGUGCUCUUAGUUCAGGUCCUAUUGGCCUGCCUGAGUUCACAUCUGUCAAACCUACUACAUAUAGACUUCCUGGCGAAUCCACCAGUUUGCCCGAACCUGUGUAUUCAACUCCUGUUGAUCUUAUUGGUUUACACAAGGGUGAUGACAUUAGAUUCCAGCAGACUGUUAAAAAUGGCAGGCCUAGCCAUCACCAUAGCGAUUAUUCAGAGCCAGAGUAUGCCGACCCUGCUGAUGUCAUCCGGCCCAACCCAAAUGCUCAAACACAUUCUAAUCCCGCUGACACAGUCAAAAUCUCCAUCACCACGCCAACAUCUCCCCAUCACAGUCAGCCUGAACCAGUGUACUCCGAGGUGUGUCAUGUCACACCAAACCAAGCACAGGAACAAGGAGCCCUUGAUCAGCACAAGGAAGAACCUAUCUACAGUUUACCAAUCACUGCUUCUGAAACAGAAAGCAAGCAGGACACAGAUAAGAUGGACAAGAACAUGGUCAUUUACAGUAAAGUAAAUAAAGCAGGAAAAUCCACAAAGCCUCAAGACAAGACCACAGCUCACAGAGCGCACAACGUAAUCUCUGAAAACCUUGGACUGAUUUAAAAAGAACUAUAAGACAUUCGUAUUGAUUUUUAAGGACUUUCAUAAAGGCUUUGUAUUGUUAGUCCCAGUAUUCACAUAAACAUGAAAGACAGUGAAAGUCUGCCAAACAGGGUCCUGACUAUGCAAGAACUACCAAAUAAUUUUAAUAACAUGGAGCAAGAUCAAUGAAAAACAUCAGUGUAGCAUGUACAUACACAGCAGUUCGUGAUUUGGACUACAUUCAUUAUUAUUAGUUUAUUAUUAGUUUUGGUUAUUAAACUUUUUUUUACUGAAUGUAGUGUAAAAAUGUUUAAAUAAAAAUUCAACUGUUUCAUACAAAAAUGUUUUGUGUAUCAUCUAAAAAAACAACAACAGUAUCCUGCUUGCAAGUCUAUGAAGACUGAAGGACAAAGCUCUAAUGCCACCAAGUGGUGAAAGCUUUUAAGAGCUGCAUAGACGUUUAAAGAGCUUUCACUGUCAUUUGUCUUGCAAAAUACUCAGGUUUUCUUUUUGGGUGUGGCAGUUAAACAGGAAUUUUCCUUGAUUUUUCAAAAUGUCCGCACAGUUCAGUCAUUGAGAUGUAAAUAAUCACUCAGAGUGGUUUGAUGAGAAAUGGUUUACUGUGAGAAACUUACCAAUUUCUUUACAGGGAUGAAGACACUUUCCUUGAGUUCUUUUAAGGCCUUGAAAGUCUUUAAAACUUUACUUUUUUGACAAAGUAUUAAUCAAAGUACACGCUUAACCUUCAGAAAAUGUUAUUUUCCCACUUCAGGCUGUCAAAUCAGAGACUAUAUGACCUAAUUUUUUUCUAAAUGUACAGCAUUUUUGUAACCCUGUCAUCAGUUUUUAGGGAGAUGUAUAAAUAGCAUUUAAAAGCCUGUCAAUUGAAAUAAUGAUUUUGUAGCAAGAAAUACAGAUAUUUAUAAAAUGCUUUUUUAACUUUUCAAAUAAAUGAUAAAAUUCCAA